UUUUCAGGGUCGCACACUCCGCAAAUCCACUCUCUCACGGCGAAUCCCAUUUCGUACGUCUCUCUCUCUCCAAUGUCGAAGUCCACGGCGGCGACGACUGUGUCUACGACUGCAAUUAGACCAGACGAAUACAAGCACAGUCCAGUCCACUACUCCGUCGCACUCGGCGAUCACUCAACCCUCUCGAGAAUCGUCUCAACCCUCCCUCGGCUCGCUGAACCCACUCAAAUCCACACCGAGUCGGACUCACUCGCUCAGGAGAGAGUCGCCGACCAGAUCUCCGCCGUGAUCGACCGCCGCGACAACCCCUACAGAGAAACACCGCUACAUCUCGCCGUCCGCCUUAACGACGCCGUCGCCGCCCGUACCCUUGCUGUCGCCGGUGCAGACAUCUCCCUGCAGAAUGCUAUCGGUUGGAAUGCUUUGCAAGAGGCGGUUUGUCGCCGCUGCUCUGAAAUCUCAGUGAUUCUCCUCCAGCACCACCACCUCUCCGCCUGGUCAAAGUGGCGCCGCCGACUCCCUCGCCUCGUCGCUGCUCUUCGCAGAAUGAGAGAUUUCUAUAUGGAGAUUUCGUUUCACUUCGAGAGCUCUAUUGUUCCUUUCGUCGGUAAAAUUGCUCCUUCCGACACGUACAAGAUCUGGAAGCGUGACGGCAAUCUCCGAGCCGAUACUUCGCUAGCCGGCUUCGACGGCUUGAAAAUCCAACGCGCCGAUCAGAGCUUCCUCUUUUUCGGAGAUGGAGAUCCAAGUCAUGAUAUUCCUUCAGGUUCGUUGCUAGUACUCAACCGCGACGAUCGCAAGAUCUUUGAUGCAUUCGAAAACGCCGGAGCUCCGAUGAGCGACGGUGACAUUGCCGGAUUCUGUUCUCAGACCAGCGUUUAUCGCCCAGGGAUGGACGUAACGAAAGCUGAACUCGUCGGAAGAACGAAUUGGAGACGACAAGAGAAGACCGAGAGCGUUGGUGAGUGGAAGGCUAAAGUAUACGAAGUCCACAACGUCAUCUUCAGUUUCCGAUCCCGAAAAAUCGCCGGUGGCGAUAUAGACAUUGCCGGAAGCGAGCAGGUUCUACCGCUAGAGCUCGAGGAGGACGCAGAGGAAGGCUUUCUCGUCGCCGAAAAUCCACAGUUUGCCUUCUCCGAUAGUCGUCGCCGGCACAGCAGCUUCGUUCGCGAGGACAGAGAGCUUUUCUCAAUGUCGUCAAGGAAGAGCGUGGACGUUCCCUCUGUAUCGAUGUCAGAGAGGCGGAGGCCGCCUUUCGCGGCGGCGACGGCGGUGGUGCCACCGCAGACGAAAGAAAAGGAGUACGUGAAGAGUUUGCGUCCGUCAGUGUGGCUAACGGAGCAGUUUCCGUUAAAGACGGAGGAGUUGCUGCCGUUACUUGACAUUUUGGCCAACAAAGUGAAGGCGGUUAGACGGAUGAGGGAGUUACUGACGACGAAGUUUCCUUCGGGGACAUUUCCAGUAAAGGUAGCGAUUCCAGUGGUCCCUACAGUGAGGGUGGUCAUAACAUUCACAAAGUUCGUUGAGCUACCGUCUACAGAGCAAUUCUAUACACCACUCUCGAGUCCUCGAAACUUUGUCCAUGGACAGUCCUCUAAGGAAGAAACUGAGGGGCAUUUUUCAACGGCGUCGUCGGCGUCGGCGUCGGCGUCAUCGUCAUCUUCAUCGUCUUCUUCCAUGGCAUGGUUGAGGCGAAGCAGCACCCAGUCAAGCUCAGCAAGCAAGCACCAACAGAGUAGUCCGGUGGUUCAGCAAUCGGACCCGUUCACUAUACCUAGUGGUUACACAUGGAGUAGUUUUGAUGACAAGAAUCGGAAAAUGAAAAAAUCAAAGUCAACUAGUAGGAAAUUUAAGUGAAAAAGAAAGUGGUUACAAGUUGAAUAUGAUGGAUGGAUGGAUGAGUUUUUGUGUGUGUUGGAUCUGAGCUUGCAAAUUAAUGCAGUUGUAGAUAAACCAUCUAAUUUUCAAUCAUUGUCUCUCUGAAUGGGUUGAGAGAGAUUAUUACUUCAUAUUUUGGAGUAUAAUGUUGUUGCACUAGCUUUUGGCUCUUUGAGCCUAUAUAGUUGCAUAUUUUUUACUUGGGGACUCUUUACUUUGUCUCCGCAAGGACUUAAUCGCUGCACCUUCUAUACUACUUUUAUAUAAUUUCUGUUUAGUUCGCGUUUACCAUUCGUUAAAUCGAGGCAUGUGAGCUUUUGGCGAAAGUGUGACAAACUAACUAUAUACUCCAUGGCUACUGAUAUUUGAUCAGUAUCUUGUUUAUCUGGACCCGGUGAGAUUGUGACAGUUCACUUUACUGUUUGAAUGUGACAACACAAAAUGUUGGUUAUAUACAAUGUACGACUUGAACUGUAGUUUAUUAGUGGAUCUCAAGUUUAUGCGUUGAAUAU